AUGGCAAGCAGUCAGGGUGCGGGAUGCACCGCGCUGGUUUCCACGGCAACACCCUCCGACUCUGGUUUCCUGAUGAUGGCCAAUCAGCGCAGGAGUGCUUAUGUUCGGGGGCUACGAGGGAGCGUGGGGGUUAAGCUCGGCGUGGACAAGUUCACAGUCCACAGCCGACGUAUGAAGGAGGGGGGAAAAAAAGUCAUCAUGGCCCCGAAAAACGACCAAACGCAAUUCCGGUCCCCACUUUGCUUUCACUCCUUAAUAAAAGCUUUUCUGCUUCCCACAGUCCAGAUCUCCAUCCGUGAGUACCGACCCUCGGACCAGCGUGCCGUCGCUCAACUAUUUCGCGACGGAGUCCGCGAGCACAUCUACCCGGCCUUCUUCAAGUCCAUGGUCCACCUCGACCACGUGGGCGUAGCGCUGAGCCUCUCCAUGGCGGGCUACGUGCUGGGGGGCAGCUCCUACUUCCAGGCGCUGCUCUUCGGAGCGGCGUGGGCGGGGCUUAUCUACUUCUGCUGCCACGAGAUCUACGAGGGCUACCUGGCCAGGAGGCUGGGCGCAGACAUGGCCGACAUCUGGUCUAGCUACACGGAGAACCCGGAUAACGGAUUCUGGGUGGCGGAGGCAGACGGGCGCGAGCCUCCCAGGGUGGUGGGCAUGGUGGCGGUGAUCGGGCGAAGGGCGGGGGACAACGCCAACGGCAGGGUGGCGAUGGGGAGCGCGGACAAGGAGGGCGGGGCUACCGGGGAAUUGUCCCUGGUGGUCGUGGCGUUCCCGUGGCGGCGCAAAAAAAUGGGCUGCCAGCUGACCCAGCGAGCUUUGGACUUCUGCAAAGAGCGGGGCUUCGCUCGCCUCGCCCUGGACAUCAGCUCGCCACAGUCAGGCGCCGCCUCUCUGCUACGGAAGCUGGGCUUCGCUCAGACGUCGUCGCACGGCGUCACGCACGCCAACCGACUUAUCUCCAUUCUGGCCCGAAUCACCGUGAGCCGCAUGGAGAAAGUCCUCUGAGACACUCAAAGUCACAUUUUCACUUCCUGUUUCCUUAAAUACCGUCCUGCGCUCUACAUAAAUAAACGCCAGACCUCAAGUCGACGCCUCCUUUGUUCCCCCUGAAAAAGGCAAAUGGACUUUUCUGUGACCUCGUUUCAACAACGCACGACAUGGCAUCUGUAAAGCCGCUGACGCUCAGAAAAUAUCCGAUUGAAAAACCACCAAAGCUUCUGAGAACUUUAGCGAGGAGUUGGGCAGAAGGAAGGAAACGCUGGACAUCGAGCCUUCAAUGAAGGACGAAACACAACAAACACGUUAAAUUAUUCAACAAUAUUAUAAAA